GGAUGCGGAGUCAAAAGAUGCGUCAUGAGAGAGCGAGCGCACAUUCAUGGAAACACAUCAACAUCAUAAGAUGGGCAACGUUCAACCGACAGUAACUCCUUAUGAGGACUUUGAUGUGGUGGCAGACAUCAAGGCCAUCCGUAAGGCCUGCAAAGGAAUGGGAACAGACGAGGAGACCAUCAUUUCCAUCCUAGCAAACCGCUCUGCAGCCCAGCGGGUGGAGAUUAAACAAGCCUACUUUGAGAAAUAUGACGACGAGUUGGAGGAAGUCUUGAAGAAUGAACUCACUGGAAACUUUGAGAAAGCAAUUAUAGCCAUGCUGGAUCCUCCUCACAUCUUCAUGGCUAAAGAGCUGAGGAAAGCCAUGAAGGGUGCUGGGACAGAUGAGGACGUGCUGGUGGAGAUCCUCUGCACCAGCACCAAUCAGGAUAUUAUGAAUUGCAAAGAGACGUAUAUGCAAAUUCAUGAGCGGGAUCUGGAGGCUGAUAUUGAAGAUGACACUAGUGGAGAAGUGAGGAAUCUUCUGGUUUCUCUCCUACAGGCCAACAGGGAUGAGUCUUAUGAAGUGGAUGAAGCACUGGCAGAGCACGAUGCAACAUCAUUGUUUGAGGCAGGUGAAGGCCGCUUUGGCACAGACGAGUCCACUUUCACCUACAUCCUCACUCACAGGAACUACCUACAGCUUCAGGCCACCUUCAAGUUAUAUGAAACUCUCUCUGGAACAGAUAUCCUGGAUGCGAUCGACAGUGAGGCUGCAGGAACAUUAAAGGACUGUUACAUUACUCUGGUGCGAUGUGCUAAAAACCCGCAGCUGUAUUUCGCCCGUCGUCUGAGCGCUGCCAUGAAAGGAGCCGGGACAGACGAGGACACGCUCAUACGUAUUAUUGUGGGACGCUCUGAGGUGGAUCUGGAGACCAUCAAGGACAUGUACUUGGACAAAUAUGACGUGACCUUGAAGGAUGCCCUGAGCUCAGAGUGCGGCGGUGACUUCAAGCGCCUCCUCAAAGAAAUACUUCACUGAGUCACCGUCAGGUGGAGCCAAUAACUAACCCUACUGAUGAAAGUGCUUACAACACUGCCAUUUAAUAACACAUAGGUUCACCUCUUACUGUACAAGUGAACAC